AUGCCUUAUGUGUGUGAGCUCUGUGGGAAGGGCUCUUGCUACCCCACAUACCUGCAGGGUCAUGCCGAGAUCCAUGUUGACCUCAAGAGGCCCAUUAAUGUCCCUGAGUGCCCACAGAGGUUCCAGUAUCCCUGUAUGCCUCGAGACCGCCCUAAAGUGCACUCUGAGGUCAGGCCUUUCACCUGUGAGCCGUGUGGAAAAAGUUUCAGGACUCGCUGGCAUCUGCAUGAGCACCGCCGGACCCACACGGGAGAGAGGCCAUAUGAGUGCGAGCAAUGUCGGAAAAGUUUCAGAACUAGUUCAAACCUGUAUGCGCACACCCGGACCCACACCGGGGAGAGGCCAUAUGCCUGUGAGCAGUGCGGGAAAAGCUUCAGGACUCGCUCAAACCUGUGUAAGCACAGCCGGACCCACACCGGGGAGAGGCCGUAUGCCUGCGAGCAGUGCGGGAAAAGCUUCAGGACUCGCUCAAACCUGUGUAAGCACAGCCGGACCCACACCGGGGAGAGGCCGUAUGCCUGCGAGCAGUGUGGGAAAAGCUUCGGAACUCGCUCCGCCCUGCUUAAGCACAGCUGGACCCACACCGGGGAGAGGCCUUAUGCCUGCGAGCAGUGUGGGAAAAGCUUCGGGACUCCUUCGGAUCUGCGUACGCACAGCCGGACCCACACCGGGGAGAGGCCGUAUGACUGCCAGCAAUGUGGGAAAAGCUUCAGAAGUAGCUCAAACCUGCGUAAGCACAGCCUGACCCACACCGGGGAGAGGCCGUAUAGCUGCCAGCAAUGUGGGAAAAGCUUCAGAACUAGCUCAAACCUGCGUAAGCACAGCCGGACCCACACUGGGGAGAGGCCGUAUGCCUGCGAGCAGUGUGGGAAAAGCUUCAGAACUAGCUCAGUCCUGCGUGCGCACAGCUGGACCCACACCAGGGAGAGGCCGUAUGCCUGCGAGCAGUGUGGGAAAAGCUUUGGGACUCGCUCGGUGUUGCUUAUGCACCAAUGGACCCACACUGGGGAGAGGCCUUAUGUCUGCGAGCAGUGUGGGAAAAGCUUCGGAACUCGCUCCGCCCUGCUUAAGCACAGCUGGACCCACACCGGGGAGAGGCCUUAUGCCUGCGAGCAGUGUGGGAAAAGCUUCAGAACUAGCUCAGUCCUGCGUGCGCACAGCUGGACCCACACCAGGGAGAGGCCGUAUGCCUGCGAGCAGUGUGGGAAAAGCUUUGGGACUCGCUCGGUGUUGCUUAUGCACCAAUGGACCCACACUGGGGAGAGGCCUUAUGUCUGCGAGCAGUGUGGGAAAAGCUUCGGAACUCGCUCCGCCCUGCUUAAGCACAGCUGGACCCACACCGGGGAGAGGCCUUAUGCCUGCGAGCAGUGUGGGAAAAGCUUCGGGACUCCUUCGGAUCUGCGUACGCACAGCUGGACCCACACCGGGGAGAGGCCGUAUGACUGCCAGCAAUGUGGGAAAAGCUUCAGAAGUAGCUCAAACCUGCGUAAGCACAGCCGGACCCACACUGGGGAGAGGCCUUAUGUCUGCGAGCAGUGUGGGAAAAAUUUCAGCACGAGCACAGUGUUGCGUAGGCACAGAUUGACCCACACUCGGGAAAGUCCUUAG